AUGACAGACCAUCGAGCUGCGCGGCGGCAGCACAAGGACAUGGCGUUUCAGCAGCUGCUACAGCGGUCACCGCCUCACGCGACAGGCGGAAUGCCUCGAAACGACACACCAUCGCUUCCACCAGCGACGAGAGCUACAACGCCCCCUCAUCAGACCGCAGACAUGGAUCAAUCGAACACACCAACUCCACCCUCCUCUUCACCUUCGCCACGACUCGAUUCUGCGUUCGCAACACCACCUCAUCUAAAGACUCCGACAGAGCGUAGAGCCUACACGAGCCCAUUCCAAGCUGCAAACAACAACUACCGGUUGAACUCGUCGCCAACAGCGGGAAUCCGACGACAGACUGUCAAUGGGUCAGCUAGGCCGCGCGCUGAGCGUAAGCUUGCGUCAGCUAUACCGCCAUUCAAUACUUUCCAGAAUGGCAAGACCAGAGGAAUCGACAGCUCGUCGUCUUCAAGUGGUGAGAACAGACCAUUCGGACCUCCUCGACGUCCGCGAAUGCAAGGCAAUGGCAACUACCAUGGCCCCCGCAACAGCCGUAUCAACAUGCCCUUGAAUCAACAGCUUGCAAAGAAUGCACUCGAACUCAAGAUAUGGGCUGUGGGAUUCCCGGCUUACUGCACCGCCUUGGACGUCUACAAUGCUUUUUCGUGCCUUGGCAGCAUCUCGAGGAUCGAAGUCAAGAACCUGCACUCCUUCGGCAAGGGCGCUAAUAUUACUUUCAGACCAGCACCCCCGGAUACUUCUUGGGUUGGCAUGAAGUUCAAAUACCCCGAUGCUGCUAGCAACAUCCGUUGGAUUGAAACCAAGGAUGAGACUCCACCUCCUUACAUGCACACCAGCCAGACUACUGGUAAAAAGCUACCCGACCGCAUCCAGAUUCCCGUCAACGACAUCGACUUUGGUGUUAUGGAGAGCGAGUCCACCAUGCUUGGUAUGCAUUCGCUACAGUCGACUGCUCGCAUCCAGGCGAGCUUGAUGAUGGAUCUUUCAUGCAAAGCUCUGUUCCUGACCUUCCCCGUUCGCAUGGCCUCGAAAACGCAAGAGAUCCACGAAUGCGAGUUCAGAAUGCGCCUGAUCCCGGCGCAGAUUCGCGAUGGCCGCAUGACCACAGAAGAGGACUCGUCUAUCUCAUUGUACUUCACAUGCGAGACUCCUCCAGUAGUCCACCGCAAGACUUUGAAGCCGCAACAGACCUUCAAGGAUAAGGAUGCUCAAUGGGAUGACAGAGCCUUGUGGUUUCGUCAGACUUUGAUCGAGUUGAACCCGAGCAUCGCCAAGUCGUCGGUGAAAUUGCGAGAGAAGGAAUGCAUUGUCGAUCUCGGACGAUGGUUGACAUACCGCCUCAACAUCAGCCAAGAAACGUUCCAGUCGCCAGGUUGUAAGGACCUGUGGCAAGCGUUGGCGGACCACAACGUCAAGAUCGCGAUGGAUGAGGAUACGAACUUCAACGCCGGUCAUGUCGAAGAUUUCUGGGAGUGGCUCGACACACCUGCUCCUCAGGUCGUCGAAGCCGAAGACAAUCCAAUUCUCGCCGACAUGUACCAGAUGGCCGGAGACACCGUGCACCUUCCGUUCUCCGUGCGGUACCAACUCGAGGUCUGUCUGAGUUUGGGCUUUCUGCACGAGUGCAACAUGACCAAAGGCUUCUUGAACAAGCUCGCCAGCCUCGACCCGGCCCGUGGUGUCAAGAUUCUGGAGAAGGUUGCCGACGACAAGAAGCGUUACUUCAAGCCCGACGACAUCUUUCGCCUGCAGAACCGAGUCUCCAUCGUUGAGAAGAAGCGACCUGGAUAUUGUACCAAGAUUCCAUCCGCUGUCGUCACACCGACUACCAUCUACUUCGCCACACCCGUGCUCGAGACUUCGAACAGAGUCGUCCGUCAAUUUCAGCAUUUCGAGGACCGCUUUCUACGAGUCAAGUUCACUGACGAGAGGCACAAGGGCAGGCUGUUUCCGCAAGAUGACCGCAACGAAGACGAGUUGUUCACACGCGUACUCCGAACCAUGAACAAGGGCAUCCUGAUUGGAGACCGCCACUACGAGUUUCUUGCUUUCGGUAGCUCCCAAUUCCGUGAGCAUGGAGCUUACUUCUUCGCAUCAACAAGCUCUCUCACGGCCGAGAUGAUCCGCCUGUGGAUGGGCAACUUCACCAACAUCAAAGUCGUGGCCAAGUACUGCGCUCGACUUGGGCAGUGCUUCUCGACGACCAGAGCGAUUCCACACUCAGUCACCAUCGAGAAGAUUGACGACAUUGAGCGCAACGGUUUCUGCUUCACAGAUGGUGCAGGCAAGGUCUCGCCUUUCUUGGCACGGAUAAUAGCCCACCAGUUCGGGCUGAAGAACUCAGAGCAUGAUCAUCCGUCCGCGUUCCAGUUUCGUAUGGGAGGAUGCAAGGGCAUUCUCGAAGAAGAUCCUUCGCUGAAAGGAAAGACGAUUCAGAUUCGACCAAGUCAAGAGAAGUUUCCUGCCGAAUUCCAAGGUCUGGAGAUUUGUCGCAUCUCACAGUACUCCACGGCCUACCUCAAUCAGCAAAUUAUCCUCGUCCUCUCCGCUCUUGGUGUUCCUGACGACGUGUUCGUCAAGAAGCUGAGGGGCAUGCUAUCUGAGUUCGAAGAGGCCAUGGUGAACGAGCAAAAGACCCUGGACCUUCUUCAGAAGAACAUUGAUUACAAUCAGAUGACUAUCGCUUUGGCGGGAAUGAUUUGCGAUGGUUUCAUGGAGGCGCAGGAGCCGUUCAUGAUGUCUUGCCUUCGGCUUUGGAAGUCUUGGACCCUCAAAUACUUGAAGGAAAAGGCUCGCAUUUGCGUUGAGCAAGGCGCUUUUGUGCUUGCGGGACCUGAUGAGACCGGGACUUUGAAGGGCGACUUCAAGGCCAAGAUCGCGCUUGACGAGACUGAUGGCGACGAGCUAUCCGGUGAUGACGAGCUUCCUGAGAUCUUCCUGCAAAUUCCCGACCCCGAGCAGCCUGGCAAACACAAAGUCAUUGAAGACGUCUGCAUCAUCGCUCGCAACCCAUCGCUGCACCCAGGUGAUAUACGUAAGGUCCGAGCAGUCGAUGCGCCAGCUUUACGCCACAUGAAGGAUGUUCUCAUCAUGCCAAUUACCGGGAACAGAGAUUUGGCAAACAUGUGCUCUGGUGGCGAUCUUGACGGCGACGACUUCAUGGUCAUCUGGGAUAAGGAACUGUUCCCGAAGGAGGACAGCCAUCCACCAAUGGACUACACCGCUCCUGAACCAACUCUCAGCGAUGGUCCUGUGACCACAACAGACAUCGCCAAGUUCUUCGUACAGCAUAUUAGGUCUGACAACCUUGCACGGAUCGCAACUGCUCACCGCUACUGGGCAGAUCAGCUUGACGAUGGCAUCAAGGACCCGAAGUGUCUGGAACUUGCCAACCUACAUUCAAGAGCCGUGGACUACGCGAAGACUGGAGUGCCUGCUGAGAUACCGCCCGAGCUAAGAGUUAAGAAGUGGCCUCACUGGGCAGAGAGGAAGAACGUCGGCCGUGCCAAGAUUUAUCAAUCGAAGAAUGUACUCGGCAAGCUUUUUGACGAAGUUAAGAGUGAGCCCUUCCGUGCGGCUUGGGAUCUUGCACCCGACAAACGCAUUUUGAACGCAUGCGAGCCGACUGACCAGAUGCUUCAAGAUGCUCGAGAGGUAAAGGCAGCCUACGACGAGUCCUUGCGCCGUAUCAUGACACAGUAUGGCAUUCGAACGGAACACGAGGUAUUCACGACAUUUGUCCUCGAGCAUCACCAGGACAUCAACGACUACAAGCUCGCAGAGACGAUGGGCGAAGCAGCAGAGGCACUGUGCCAACAGCAUCGUGACCUCUGUUACGAGAAGGCCGGUACCGAUUCGAAGUCAAAGGACUGGGAGAAGCUCAAGCCCUUCAUCGUCGCCAUGUAUAAGGUGACAGCUGAAGAGAUCGCCCACGCGUAUGCUCAGACGAAGGAGACUGUCACCAUCGGUGGCUGCCAAGUUCCGCGUCGCCCUCUCGACUUCGCCCAUAUGCCUUUGAUGUCGUUCCCUUGGAUUUUCAGGCGUGAGCUUGGCCAAAUCGCUACGAGAGGUGGUAACAAGACGAAGUUGGAACCAGCUCCUCGUCCCUCGAUGCCGAAGAAGGCUGCUGCUGCCAGAAAGCAAAUCUUCGACUUGUUGGGCGAUGAGUUUGCUCCCGAGCCGCUGCCUGAGGUCAACACUAGCGAUGACGCUGUACGACAGGGCAAUCGUCCAAGCACCAUCGAUCUAACCUCUACUAUCACGCCACUGCCAACGGCACCGAAGCCUAAGCCUAAGCCCAGCCCAGAAGCCUGGCCUGACUCCAUCCGCGACGAGCACCUUGAGCAAGCCACCGCUGCCAGCGUCGAAGCCGAGAACGAAGUCAUGCGCAAGGCUCGUCUUUAUCAAAAGGCGGGUCUGCCGUCUGACUCGUUCAGUGGGAGGUCUGCGGCAAGCCAGGUGGGACAUCUGUCCAUCGCAGAGCGAGGCGAGAAUGUGAAGGGUAAGGGUGAGGGAGAGGGUGGAGAGGAGGAUCAGGAUGAGAAUGAGUGGGAGGGUGAAGAGGUCAAGAUUGAGUUCGAUGAGGAGCCUUCGAGGUUGGAUCAACUUGCUUCGUUGGUUGGAACUGGGUCUUAG